AUGGCGACACUUGUCGCCACCUCCGGCAGCGAUCCCAACGGCCACAUUGCAAUCAUCACCAGAGGCAGUCAACCUCGCUACUGCAUUAUAAGAAACAAGGCCCACCAGCCCCCUGCUUCUUGUUCUUCCCCCGGUGUUCUUCGGACACAGAUCCACGUGAAGACCCUGACGGGCAAGACCGUCAUCAUCGAAGUGGAGAGCUCGGAGACGGUCCCCAACGUGAAGGUCAAAAUACAGGACCGAGAAGGCAUUCCCAUGGAUCAGCAGAAGCUCUUCGCAGGCAAGGAGCUCAAGAACAACAUCCGGACGCUCGCCAAGUAUGACAUUCACAGUGAGUCCAUGCUCUACCUCCAUCUCUGUCGAAAGUCCAAGAGGAAAGGUAUGUGGCAUUUUCUUGCUUUGGCGCGGUGGCUUCUGAGGUGAAUAUUUCGUAGUCUAUGUAAUUGUGUGUCGAUGAGUUAUUAUUGAUGUGUUGAAGAGAAUCAAUUGAUCUCACACAUUAUGAAAUAAGCUUAUCCUUAGAGUUUGCCAAUUGAAGAGGACCUGAACGACCUUGCUAUUCUGCACAGCAAACCAAAUCUAAGACCAACGUAAGGAUUUUUUGACUUUAUGAAGCAACAUAUAUGUUUUUUCCCAUUUUGAGAGCUUUGUAUGAGCCUAAACAUGGCAGCCGUAUGAAUGAGUAUGAAGAAUCUUGAAGGGAUUUAGUAUACCGUACAAAAUGAUGUCAUAUUUCCUUCUUUUUUUUGGUCCUAAAGACAGUUUAAUGUGCGCGCAGGCUCAAUUUGUCGGCUGAAUCAUCUGUGUCCAGAAUCUACAUGUUUAAUUUGUAUGACCAUUUUCAUUGCUAAAUGAGCGAGGGCUUUCAGCUUUAACGUGGAUUGUGAUAAUACGGGCGUGACAGAUUAAACACGAAUUGGUGGAGGCUGUUUUUUUAUUAGUUCAUCGGAUAAAUAAAGGAACUUCUGCAGUUGAACUUUUGUCAUAGGCCAGUCGAGUAGGAGAGAAUAUUAGUAGACAUAGCGUUGCCCUUUUGUAUUCUUUUCAUGGUGCGAUUAAAUGACUCCAACUGC